CAUACCUUCUGGUGGGCGCCUUUCUGGUGGGCGCUGCUCGCAACGGCGGAGCGUCACAUGAGGAACGACCCUCCGGUGGACUUGAGCAACGCUCUUAUCAGGCUCAUUAUCAAGUCUUACGUCGACAACCUGGUACGAGAGCUGCGUUCCGAGGCUUUGCUCAAUGAUCCCCAGGAGCAGCUGCUACGCCGUCGCCUGGACCACCUUUACGAGCACGUACAACAUCACCCGGCUAUUCGACAACGCUACCUGUGGGUAGGGCGGUCCAAGCCCAUCUUAGACCCAGACGCACCGCAGGGAAAGCGGCCUCGAAGAUAUAACGCGACUUCUGUGUCCGAAAAGAAAAGAAACGACCAAGUUUUGCCUCUGUCCGAAGAGAUCUGCCGAACGAAUACGGUCUGGGAACGCAUGAACAACAGCGUUGAUUCUUUCGGCAACGCCGUCGAGAUCGUCCAGGAAGAGGCCUUUCCGCAGUGGACCUUCGCUUACCGAUGUGACUCGUCGGGUGUUGCCUGCGUUGGUAUCGACGGACUAUAUAGCAGCGAAUGCACGGAGCGUCCGGGAUACGUGGUCAUGUAUCAUCGGAAGGUGGGGGCAGAAGACACAACACCUUCAUGGGGUGCAGUGGAAGUACCUCACCAUUGCACGUGCAAAAUCACGCCCAAGAUACGACAGGGUCCCUAGUGCCCAGCAAAGAAAAAUAAAAGAUGGA